AUGGACGGGAUCCCCCCGGAGUACGACGAAACCACCAAAGAGCGCAUCUACCGUCAGGAAUGGCUCGAGUACUUUCACUUUAUCGGCUGGGAGGCGGCCCGGACGAACUACCCGGCGGAGUACUACGCCCUCCACCCCUUGCGAGGGGCGAAAGGUGCGGCCCUGCCCACAAACGCCCUGGCGGUUCUGAACCCGGGCGGGGGGUCCAUUUUCUUCCCCUCAGGCCCCGAGGCGAUCGCGGAGGCGGGGCUGGCGAUGCCGCCGGCGGAGGGCCCCGUCGCCACGACCUCGAUCGAAGAGGCCAAACUCUUCAUCGACGACGGCGAACUGAGCCGUUCGAGCGGGGAGGACGAGGGAAGCAGCUGGUUUUCCUCCUCCAGCUCCUCCUCCUACGCCUCCUCGGUGAACCCGGACGGCGCGACCGCGGAGCCCAGGGCGAAGGAGCCGACGCGCAAACGAAAGAGCGCGCGGGAGGCCGAGCUGAGGGAAAGCCGACAUCGGCCGCACAAGAGCCGGCAUCGCCACCGCAGCCGCGAGCGGGGCGACGAGGGCGGGAAGAAAGGCCGCCGCCGAGAGGAGGAGCGGGGCGAUUCGCAUCACCACCGCCGACAUCGCUCGCCAAGCCGGCAUGGCAGUCAACACCAUUCAAAGGAGGACCGCCGGCGCGAUAAGGGUCGGCGCGAACGGAAGGAGUCCCGCCAUGAGCCGCGUUCGCAUCGGACGCGCCGCGGCUCGCACGAGGACCACACCGCGGUGAAAUCCCGACGCGAAACCGAAAAGCGGGGCCGGGGCGAGGAUGAGCGCGCAAAGGCCUAUGAUGAUCGACGGCAAGACGCGAUACGGCGAAAGCGCGAGACGUCGCGCCGAAAAUAG